AUGCUGUCACAAGAUGAAGAGAAGUACAUUAAGAGUCAUCUACCUGCAUGUGCAUGCCUUACAGACACAAAAUGGUCUGCUUUAGACAACAAAAAAGCUAAAAGUAAAGAGGACAAAGGGAGCAGCAAGAAGCCUGGGAUUGACUUUCUUUGUCCUCCUGCCCUGGUCGACAUGCUUAGUAAUCACUGGAGGGACAUGCAGGAUGGGUUCUGUGACCCUGAAGAGCUAAAUAAAAUUCUAGUGUUUCAAAGUGAUGAGCUGAGGUGGACUGCGCAGAAACGUGGGCUCUGGUCCCUAGAAUACAAGCAGGAGCUGACGAGCCCACUGUGCAUAGCUGCAGCUCAAGGUUUUACUGAAUGCCUACUCUACCUGCUUGAGCAUGGAGCUAAACCCAAUCUAAAUGCAGGAGGCAAGGCAGCGCUUCAUGAAGCAUGUGUAAACUGCAAUACUGAGUGUGUUGAGCUUCUUUUAGAACUUGGGGCAGAUCCCAAUCAGAUGACAGAAGACGGACUGGCACCAUUACACAUCUGCAGCUCACAUCAGUCAUUUCGCUGUGCUAAAGCCCUGGUCCGUCAUGGCGCCAAGGUAGAUAAUCCUAGCGAAGAGGAAGGAGAGACUCCUUUACAUAUUGCAGCAAGGCAUGGCCUGCCACAACAUGCCCAAUUCUUUCUACGUUAUGGGGCAAAUGUCAACAAUACCAACAACUUGGGUGAAACACCAUUAGGGGUUGCAUGUUUGGAAGCCCAAGAAAAGAUAGGAGAAGGUCAGCAUGAUGGACACCUUCAAAUUUGCCGUCUUCUUUUGACUUAUGGAGCCAAUGUGAAUUUGGCCGACAAUGAACGGCGUACACCUUUGCACAAGGCUGCCCGUAAUGUGCAAAUCAGCCUGGUGAAUCUCCUUUUGGAAUAUGGAGCAGACAUCAAUGCUAUUGAUUACAAUGGUUGCUCACCACUGUCAAAUGUGCUGCAAAACGCUCUACUCCGUCAGGACUGGAUACCACACAUUGUUGUUAAAACACUUUUAAACCACGGUUCAAUUAAAGUAUGGCCACAGGCACUGCUUAAGGUAUUAACGGCCUGUGCAGCAGCACCUAAAACUGUGGAGAUACUAUUCAACUCCUACACACUUGUUCCUGUAACAGCCAGAUGGGCUGAAGCAAUACCUGAUGAUAUUUUACAACUUCACAGGCCUUUUUAUGAAUCUCUUUUUGCACUGGAAUACAAACCUCGCGGCUUACAGCAUCUGUGUAGAUCAGCAAUACGGAAACAUUUUGGAAAAUACUGCUACUUAGCUGUCCCCCAGCUGCCUGUUCCAAAACUUCUUCAAGAAUACCUUCUUUUGGAACCUGAAGGCUACAUCAGCUAG